AUGGCCAGGUCACCUCCAUGUAUAGCUGUGGCUGUGGUUGUACUGCUUCUCCAAGCAGCUCACUUAGUCUGUGGUGCUGGAAGGUUGGAGGUAUUCAGACUUUGGGUGUCUGGGAGCACGGAUGCAUGUUGGCAGACAAUGCGCUUUGCGGAGGCCUUCGAUGAAGCUCCUGUGGUAGUUGCAAUGACUACAACCCAGGGAGGCUAUCCGGCCAAGAUUCGCAUAAGGGCUGUCACGAAUGCCUCCUUCGAGGUUUGCCUCACGGAGCCUUGGGAGUCGGAUGACCCAAGACACAGUCCCAUGUAUGCGAGUCUCAUCGCAGCUUCUCUUGGGGUCCACAGGUUGCCGGACGGUCGGAUUUUCGAGGCAGGCUUCGUGGAAACCAUGCAGCGGCAGGCUGCCCAGUGUAGACCUCUGGACUUCCCCAACACGGGCUGGGAGACCGUCGACUUUGCUCAUUCAUUUUCGGCUCCUCCGGCUCUCUUGACCGAGGUCCAGACAGCAAACAAUGAAGUGUCGGGUCAACCUGCUGUACCAUGGCUGGUGGUUGGCGUCUCUUCCGUGACAUCGUCCCAGGCAAGCCUGGCUCUGGAUUCUGUGGUGGCCUUUGACGGUGGUCAGAUCAAUGUUCCGGAGCGGCUUGGCUACAUCGCUUUUGACUCUGCGGCGUCCACCACGGAGAUCACGGUCCCGGCAGUGCGAGCCUGCCAAGCUGGGCAAGAGGUGCUGAUCCGGAGCUGGAGCGGCGAAUACAUGCAAGACAACAAUGGCGCGCUUCAACUGGCUGCGGCUACCGGGGGUUCUAGUCGGUGGACGACCACCCUGUCCAACAGCAGGGUUGUCUUCACAAGCCAUCGGUCCGUGCGACUGACGGAGACGGAUUCCUUUGGCUUGGCCUUGGAAGCCCCCAGUGACUCGGGACAAGAGUGGGAGAUCGUCCAGGCAGAUGGUGGCCAGGUUUUUCUUUUCACCCAGUCGGGGCGAAAGCUGACUGACGAUGGCACCCUGCGGUUGUGGCCGCUAAUCGUGACAGGGAGCAGUGAUGACGAUGAUUAUUACCAGCCAUACCAGAGGUGGAUGUUACUUGAUGCAUCUACCAGCGAGCCUUGCCCAAACGUAGUUGAGGCGCCUUCGACAGCAGACCGAACGAUCUCCUAUGCCGUCGUGGUGUCGGACCCUAUAGCAGAUCUGGGCUGGGGUCAAGGAGGUCAACUCGUGGCCUUCGGGCACACUCUGUCCAGUAGCACCCCACUGGUGGUGGCGAGCGUGAUCACGAGGAACGGCGGCGAUGGCGGCUGGAUGCGGCAAAAACGCGAUGAAACGACCAGCAUUGCUGCAAAGCUCAGAAUCGACGAAAACAAGUUCGAAAAUGACAUACCCGUCUUUACGGUGAGCCUCGGGCUCUCCGCGGGGCCGUGGAGUGCAAGCUUUGCAGAAAGCAAUGGGAGUGUCGGGUGGUUCAAUGUGGCAGCAGUCAAUGCCACGAACUUUGUGGAUCCCGACCUCCAGAUCUUUAGGGAUGAUACGGUUCUACAUUUCGACCUGCUUUGCAAUGCUGCGACGAACUGCCUACAUGCCCUGCGUUUUGGAUCCUCUACCCUUGAUUCAGCUUGGAUGGUAGCCAGCAUGAAUGCCCAGUACUCCCCAACUGUGGGCCAGUGGCAAUCCGUGCAAGUGAGUCUUGCUGGAAGUCCUGACGUGUCCUACGUCGGCACCAUACGAUGGGACGCACUUGACACCUUUGAGCUCAUCUCGGAAUCCCCUGGACCGGUGUCCUGGGAGGUGCAGAACCUCACGCUCCAGUUGACAAGGGAGUCUUGCAACGAUGGAUCUUUGAGGAACCACGGGAGCUCGGAGAGAGUGGCCAUGGUGGCAUUUGAUGAAGCCUUCAGCGUGGCGGUAGAUUCCACGAGCACGACCUCUACGUAUAGUUUAACAGAUACUGUUACCUCCAGCACAAGCUCGAGCUCGAGCACCAGUACAAGCUCAAGCACCAGCACCGGCACCAUUAGCAGCACAAGCACCGCGACGAGCAGCAGUAGCAGCAGCAGCAGUAGCAGCAGCAGUAGCAGCAGCAGCAGUAGCAGCAGCAGUAGCAGUGCAAGCACCACAACAAGCACAGCCACGCACACCAGCACGAGCAGCAGUACGCGAAGUAGCACCACCACGAGUUCGAAGUCAUACACCAUCACUACAAGCUCAACAUCAUACACCACACUUACUAUCACAUCCACAACAAGCAGAUCAAGCACACUGACACUAACGUCCACAACAAGCAGCAGAUCAACCACACUCACGGUAACAUCCACAACAAGCAGCUCAACAACCAGUUCAAGCUCAACCUCAAAAUCAAGUCAGACGGCAACAACGUCGCACACAUCCAGCAGCACUUCUACAAUAUCCCGAACAAGUUCGACGACCCGCUCAAGCACGAGGAGCAUGACCAGCACACAUUCAACCAGCAGUUCCAGCUCAAGCCUCAGCAGUACUACAUGGUCUACUUCGCGGUCUACCAGCACAUUGACGGCGGGCAACAUAGCUGCUGCUCUCACGAACGAGCUGCAACGCAACACCAACUUCCUCCUCAGUCAGCUGACUAACACGGAGAAUUCGACUGCAUCCGCGACAACAGGUCUCGGCACUAUGGCUGCCGUCGAGUUGAGGGGCGCCCCUGCCAAUUCGAGCUUCGUGGCCGCCGUGGUUGAUGGCAGUGCAGCAGCUGUUGUGCUACCGUUGGAGGCCUUGGGCGACUUGGGGGAGAACGCGGUGCUGGUGCUGACCACCUUCGACGGCCCGGAAGCUUCGGAGCUGGGCUCGCCGGGGCAGAAGGCGCAGACCAGGGCCAGCCGGCCGAUCGAAGCGGCCACCCCGGCGGUGGACAUCUCCAUCGUGGACAAGGACAGCUUCAGCGCCCAGGAGGUGCAGGUCAGGACGCCGAUCUUCGUGCGCAUCGCAGAGGUGGCGCCCGAGCCCAACUGGAUCUGCGCCUACCUGGACGGCGACACCUGGUCCACGGAGGGCGUCCGUUUGGCGACGUCAGCGGAGCUCGAGACGGCCUUCGGAGGUCAGGCGGACACCUCCGGCGUCUGGUGCGCAACGCUGCACCUGUCCAUCUUCGGCGCCUUCGUCGACAUCCUCCUGGACUGCACGAACGCCAACAUGCUGUCCCAGGAGGGCCUCCGGGAGAUCGUGGAGCGACAGGGCUGGUGGAUGCGGCCGCCGGCUCUCGGCCUCUGGCUGCUGCUGGCCUCCUCGCUGCUGCUCGUCGCCCUGGGCCGGCUCAGCGACGCCCGGCUGCACCGCUCGGGCUUCUGGCGCGACGAGUACUUCCUCACGGACCUGCCCCCAGUGUCGCGGAGUCUGCCAUGCACCGGGUGCUUCGGUGGGACAGCCUGGUUUGCAUCCCAAAAAGCGCCGCAGACCUCGGACACAGACGCCAGCCACGAGGAAGAGUCGGAGAAGGAAAAGGAGGCAGAGGAGGCAGAGGAUAGCCCUGCACCGGGUGCCAGAGGACGCCGGCCUUCACAGAGCAGCCUUCCCUCCAUCAUGUCGCAACUGUCCUGGUUCCGAGCCGGCAUUGCGGAUCCUGAAUCCAUGCAAUUAAGGCACGAUCUACUUCAACGACUUAAGCCGAACUUGGCUGCAGGCAUGCAGGAGCGCGUGAUCUGUCGCAACACAUUGUGGGAGGUGGCCCGUCAACAUAACAUCCACACAAGCUCUAUCCAGACCCACAUUUGGGGUCGAAGCGGCUGGGUGCAAGGCAGCCUUGCUGUACAAAGGUCCCCACAGCUCAAGCUCUUGGCCUAUGCCUUGGAAGAGACUUUGCCACGUGCUUUUGUGGACGUCCACACAUCUCGUGCACAGCGACUCUGGGCAGCGAUGGUCGCAUCCCAUCCCGUCUAUGAGCUCUGGAUGUGUGAUCUGCACAUGACGGCAGCAAAGCGGGCCAAGAUCAUGAUGGACUGCCUCCUUGGAUCCCUAGCCUUCGUCGCCCUGUUUUUCUCCGUUGACGGGACGGCUGUGGCGGCCAGGAGCCCUGCGGAGUGUCCCAUCGAUCAGGGAAGCUUCCUCUGGUACACCUUCGUCGCUAUGUUCUCCGUUCUAUUGAAUUUUUUGCCCCGCCGCCUGGAAAUCUACUUGGCGCGGCGCGGCUUCGUGCAAGAAAGCCGGCUGAACCGACGCUGGCAACUUCGUGUUAGACGUUUGAAAGAUGCUGGCUUCUGGGCUUUUAGCUUCUGUUUUUCCGGGCUGCAUCUCGUGGUUGUUUCUGCCUUCCUGGCCAACAUGGCCGAGGUCGACGAAGGAAAGUGGAUGUUCACCUUUUUCGUGGUGCUGCUCCGUAAGUUUGUCUUGGUGCCGCUGCUGGCGUGCUUGUUUUCAAGCCUCGGUACAGAGCUUUCCGGCUGGGGCCAAGAGAGGAUUCUGCCGCCCAGGAAGCUAGGGUUGGAUCUGCAGCAGCUUGAUGGCGAGGAAACUGUGCAGACAGCUGAAAGCGACAAGCAGGUGUGGCUUGAUAAAGUGAAAGAGCUGGCGGGUCGGGGAAUCACCAUACGGCAGCUGCUCGACUUCUAUGUGGAUCUUGGGCACGACGCCAUGAAGCACUUUGAUCCCAAGAAGUCCACGACGCAUGAUGUGGUUCGCCAAGCAAUCAUACCGCGGUCGCUGCAGCUCAGGGAUUCUCGCUACCUCGUCGUAGUGGUUCAUCGGGCGACGGGACUCUCUUCGGUGGACUUGUUCUCGGGCUCCGACCCGUACUGCGUGGUGUCGGUGCAGGGUUCGGGUGGCGUCUUGAAGCCUUGGAAAGGCGGUGGAAGGACGCCUUAUGUGUCGAACGACCAGAAUCCAGUUUGGGAGGAGUCGUUCCUCAUAGAGGACGUUCUGCAUGAAGAGGUGUUGUACUUCAGCCUCUGGGACCACGACUUUGCCUCGAAGGAUGAUCCGCUUGGCAAUGUUUCGCUGCCAGUGUGCAACUGCUGGCAAGGCCUGCGUGGAGUCUUCGACGUCAGGGACAGCCGGGAAGGAGGCAAGCUCUAUGUCUCCAUCAAAGCCUACGAGACGUCCGAUGAAGCCCAGGCAGCAUGGCGGCCGCCAGAGAAGGCCCUUCGCUUCACCGGCGGCUCUGGAUCGUUGUCUGUUCGUUCUCUGCGAAAGCAGAAGAGUGGAGGAUCUGUCCCAGAUGAUUGCUUCGAUCUAUGGGACACAGAUGAGUGCUCCGAAGUUGGAAGCCGCCACGCGAAGAAGUUUAUGCUGUCAGCCUCGAGGGGGGUCUUGGCUGAAGAUCCACACGCCCAGGGAAAAGAUGGAGCAGCCUCCAGGGAGUGUCAUGGUUAUGCUUAUGCUGCCGUGAUGAACAGUGGCCGCCCACAUUUGGCACACAAGAUGGUGACACACAGCUGGCGGAACAGUUUCAACCACCUCCUUGCAGCUAUUGUUGCCGAUGCCCUGGACGUGGAGAAAUACGAUGAGAUCGCCAAGCUCCUGGCGAAGCGUACUUUCCACAGCUUGAGUGACGCCCUGCGCAGGAAAAAUGCCCUUGAUGUCCGCUACUGGGUCUGCGCGUUCUCUGUGAACCAACAUGCCGGGAUUUGCGCCACACCGCCAUCUGUGGACUCGACUGGACAUGCGAUAGCCCCGUGCAGAUGCACCACGCCAAAGCAUUUCGACGGUGAUCUUAGCGAAAUGAACAAGUUCGACGACAUGAUGGCCUACCUCAAGAGAUCCCUACGCGAGCAGGGUCAGGUUCGGUUGGAACAAGUGAUUGCGCUCGAGACGGACUUUGCGCUGCUGACACGAGUAUGGUGUGUCGCUGAGCUAGUGGAAGCGAACGAGCUGCACUUGCAACAGGCUGUGAAAAUCCACUCGGCGUCCUCGCGGGAUGUUUGCCUGGAUAGGCUGGUCCAGCUGGACGUGAGAAGUGCCGAAGCUUCGUUUCCAGCGGACAAGGAGUUUGUGCUGAACAAGAUCCAAGAUGUGGAGGACUUCAACACGCGUCUCCAAGAUCUCAUGUUGCAUCGCAUGGAGUCCUUUCUGCAGACCAGCCGAGCCAGCACGGCCGCGGACCUCUUUGACGAAGUAGUCCUAGCAGUCGUCAAUGUGGCCAUCUGA